UCAAGCCACGGGUAAUUUACAGGUGAGUUUCCUGACGUCAUAAGGAAGUGGACAGAGGGACUUUGGAGUUUCUGUUUCUCUGUUGUUGAACAGUUGCUCAAAAAUAACGGCUAUUCGUUUAUUCAAAAGGAAACUUCUGACAGCAGAGAGAUGUGCACUUUUGAUAAGGACAAAGGGCCAAGAAGGCUGAUGAAAAAGGGAUUAACUCUCAUCCUGGUCGGCCAUAUUAACUUCAUCCUUGGAGCUAUUGUCCAUGGCAAUGUCCUCCGCCACAUUUCCAAACCCAGCCAGCAUAUCACCACUGAAUAUACUGUAGCCAACAUCAUCUCUGUCACCUCUGGCCUGCUGAGCAUUGCUGCUGGGAUUAUUGCCAUUGUGGUGUCAAGGAACCUGCAUGUGUUAAAACUGCAAAUAGGACUUCUAAUUGCAUCAUUCCUAAACGCCCUGCUCUCAGCAGCAUGCUGCACUGGGCUCCUCUUGGCAAUUAGUGUCACUGUUGCCCACAAUGGUGAGGGUUUGAUGCUGGGAUGCAAUGACACAAUGGUGCCCACCAAUGCUCGCUCACCUGUCAGUGCCAGAUGCCCGUUUGAUACAACAAGGAUCUAUGACACCACCCUGUCGCUGUGGGUUACUUGUGCUUUGUUGGCAGCGGUUGAGGCUGGACUGUCUGUCUGGUGCUUCAUCGUUGGAUUGGCCCUCAGAGGACUGGCACCCUGUGGGAACACCUACAUCAAAGAGCAGUUGGAGGAAGAAGCUGAGUGCAGUCCCCGCAGUCGACGCCUGAUUGGUCAGCGCUUGAACCCUGAUGCCUAAUUGAUCAAAAAGCAGGAAGGACACCACUCCGCAUAGACAAGCACAGCUGAAUCCCAAAAGGCAUUGCUACACCUGUAUUGAGACCAGUACAAUUGCCCUACAGUCACCUAGGUGAGUGUCACUGUCAAUUUAAAGAAACUGGUUCUUGCUUUGUGGUAUCUUACAGCCACAUACGCUGAUUCACAGAUGGGUUACCAGGUGGCUCAAUUUGUUGUCAUUUAUAAACCAAACAGUUUAUCUUGUGUGUGAAGCUGUGAGCAGAAUACAGUUGGGUUAAUGUGAUGAAACCAAUAAAUGGUAAAUUGAUUUACAGUGACACACAAUGACUCACACAAUGUACGUUUCAGUAAGUGCAUUCCAAAGUCCAGAUCCUUUUGUGCAGAUAUUGAGAUUCAGUAUGCAUAUAUAUGCGUGUGGAAGCUAAAAUGAGAUACAAAUUUAGUAUUAUUACUUAUCAGUAUCCAUCCAUGACUGUUUAUGUUCAAUAGUACAGAAUUUGUCAUAUGAAGAAACCUCUGGUUAUGAAGAAUAUAAACAAAUUAUUUAGCAAAAAUAUUUGGUAAUUAAAGUAUAUUUUAGUUUUUAUGAACUCAUUUUCAGCAAAACAUAUUUUAUAGUUCUAAAGGUUUUUAAUAUGAUACUGUUUGUACAGAUUCUAAAACACUCCACUGCAUUUGAGAUGCAUUCAACAAACCAUAAUUGUCAAUGUUUGCCAACAUACAAGUUUAAUUUCCAUAAAUAAUGAUGAUUCAUGCUAGCUGCUUAUGCACAAUGGUAAACUGUUAUGUGGAGUCAUAUAAUGUCAAUUGUUUGUGUUUGCUAUAAAUUGCCUAAUUAUUUUUAUUUCUAUGCGGAUACAGUAUUUGGUUUCACAUUGAUUGAAGUUUUUUUUUUUUUUUACAUUGUGUUCAUUUUAUUUUAAAUGUUCUUCUCACCAUGUCAUUAUUUGUCAGUCUUGUGCUAGAGUUGAUUGAAUUUCAUUUUUUUUUUUUAAAUGCCUUAGAGAGAAAACACAAACUAUUUGAAAAACUAUGUAAAAAUGUAGGGUUGAUCAGCUCCCACAGGAUAUAAUCAAAAAGCAUGUUUAACUGUUUUGUUUAACUGUACUGUUUUGUUGUUUUUGCUUUUAGUAAGACAUACAGUGGCAAAAUGACAAAAGAAUGGAGAAACUGAAAUAGCUCAUUUAAAUCUUAUUCUGUAUGGACCCAGAGUUACAGAAGGUCUCGUCACCUAAAAUUCAGAUUGCUAAAAUGCAGUGCCAAGCACCUAUUUUAAGAAAGAUGCCCUGAAUUAAAAAUAAUCAGGAUUGCAGCAUAGCUGUUUGGAUUGAGUUCAUUUGUGUACUGGUAUGUACAGUAUACAGUGAUUAAAUGUUGAGUGGGGAAAUAAGAGGUAAAACCAGUAUGUGGGCCAGCUGCCUCAGCUGGCACAAACCCCCCACAACUCAACGACAGAGAUGAUCAGAUCAGCGGUGAAACGGUUAAUCUAAUGUCGUGCUCAAUUGUGUGGAAGGGAAUCAUAGCACGCAGUACUAAUCCUCAGGCUGUAAGGGAUAAAUAUUGACAUAGUGCUGACUGAUACAAUCCCAACAAAUCUGUUAGGCCAUUUCAGUCAAUAUGACGUUGAUGUCACACUGUGAACUCAUGAAAUAUAUAUUUAAAAUCACAAGAUGAAUGAGUAUAAAUGCAAGUUUAUUGUGGUAUCGGGACAAAUGAACUGAAUUCAAGCAAAGUUGUAUGUUGUGAUAUAUUGUAUGUUUGAGUGCAUUAUCAGUUGGUUCUUGUGGACAUCGGCUCCUGUGAAGUAAUGGUUCUCCCAUAUCUGAGGUUUACGUAAAAUGCAGUCCAAUUAUAAAUGUACCACAACUCAUAUUUUUCUUUAAAUAAUUGACCAUCUAGCGAAUCACUAAUUUGUGAAAGGGUAUUUAUUAUUACUUAGAUUUCCAGUGUUAAAACAAGCUUGUAUUAUUUUCUUGAAAUUGAUCAACUUGAAAACACAAUUUAAAUGUUUAAAAAAAUGCACUGAUUUGAAAGACUUAAAGUGCACUUAUCAGGCUAAAUCGAUAAUCCAAAAAUGUUGUUUCCAAAUGAGAAUUUGCCUGCUAGGCCAAAACCAGUGUCAUCAUCACUCAUCAUUUUCACCUGAUUCAAACUGAUUAAACUGUUAAAGUUGU